ACGAAAAGGCGGUAGCCGUGUCCCGCUGCCUCCCGUCCUCUUCGCCCUCCGGGCGGGGGGGUGGGUGGUGUCUUUUCCCCGCUCUGUGUCGGCGGAGGGGCAGCCCUCGCAGCAGUGGGGGUGCUGAGGGGACGGAGGAGCUCCCCGGGCGGACCUGCGUGUGUGUGUCCCGACCGCAGCGCGCCGUUCUGGGCGCCCUGUCUGGCCUGAGGAGCGAGAGAGGAUGGACGAAGCCGCUGGGGAUUUGAAGCAAGCGCUCCCCAACGUGUGUGACAGCGUCCAAAUACACGUGGAAGUUCACCAGAAACCAAGCAGUGUGGCCAAGAAAGAAGAUGUCAGGAUGAGUGUCUUAAAGCUGUUGAACAGACAUAACAUCGUGUUUGGUGAUUACAAGUGGACUGAGUUUGAUGAUGGUUUCCUUAACAACAACGUGCAGUCUGUGUCGAUUGUGGAUACGGAGCUGAAACUGAAAGACAGACAGCCUAUUGACUUGAGCAAAAGCAGUCUUUCUCUUCAUAUUUUUCAUCUGAAUGAAGAAGGACCAAGCUCUGAAAACCUGGAGCAAGAGAAUGAGGAUAUCAUUGCAGCUAACCACUGGGUGCUACCAGCAGCUGAAUUCCAUGGCCUUUGGGAAAGUCUUAUAUAUGACACUGAAGUAAAAUCACACUUACUUGAUUAUGUGACGACAACAUUACUAUUUUCUGACAAAAAUGUUGACAGCAACCUGAUAUCGUGGAACCGAGUUGUUUUGCUACAUGGCCCUCCUGGAACUGGCAAGACUUCUCUGUGUAAAGCAUUGGCUCAGAAACUGACAAUUCGACUGUCGUACAGGUAUAGGUAUGGACAAUUAAUUGAGAUAAACAGCCAUAGCCUUUUCUCUAAAUGGUUUUCUGAGAGUGGCAAGCUUGUAACCAAGAUGUUCCAGAAGAUUCAAGAGUUAAUUGAUGACAAAGAUGCUCUUGUAUUUGUACUGAUUGAUGAGGUGGAAAGCCUCACAGCAGCCCGCAGUGCCUUCAAGGCAGGCACAGAGCCUUCAGAUGCUAUUCGUGUGGUGAAUGCUGUACUGACACAAAUAGAUCAGAUUAAAAGGUAUCCCAAUGUAGUUAUCCUGACUACUUCAAAUAUUACGGAGAAAAUUGACAUGGCCUUUGUAGACAGGGCUGACAUAAAGCAAUACAUUGGACCUCCAUCCACUGCAGCAAUAUUUAGAAUAUAUCUUUCUUGCUUGGAAGAACUGAUGAAGUGUCAAAUAAUAUAUCCUCGACAGCAGCUCCUGACACUCAGAGAGCUAGAGAUGAUAGGCUUUGUAGAAAAUAACGUGUCACGGUUAAGCCUUGUGCUAAAAGAAAUCUCAAGAAAAAGUGAAGGUCUUAGUGGCCGGGCCCUGAGAAAACUUCCUUUCCUAGCACAUGCACUUUAUAUUCAAUCCCCCAGUGUUACAAUGACAACGUUUCUUCAGGCUCUUUCACUUGCAGUAGACAAACAAUUCGAAGAAAGAAAGAAACUUGCAGACUGUGUGUGAUACUCUACUGUUUUAUAGUUGUCUGUAUUGUAAACACUGAAAGCUACAUAUUUUUCAUACAAACUGUGCAACUUCUAUGCAUCUGUAAAAUAGAUUGUCAACACCUUAAAAAACCUGGAAUGCCUAAUCUAGUUUUUCAAAACAUUCUUUAAUAAACAAUUAAGAAACUACAGCAUAUUUUUUAAAAGCCUUAUUUCAAAUACCAGUAAGAGGAUUGUAAAAAAUUCUUGCUAAAAGUCAGUUUUCAUCUUUUGCAGUUAUUAAAAGUGGGCAGACUUCUGUUCCUUGUUUCUUAGUCACUAACUUUCUAUCUGUGCAUCAGUUUUUAUGCUUCUGAUUUAUUUCAUAUUUUUCACGGCAAUAGAAAUUCAGUCUUUGGAUCUGAUACUUCUGCCAUAAAUGCACCAUUUGUUAUUGCUUCUGAAAUAACAAGCGUGAACUGGGAAGGAUUUGAAGUGCUCACUGAUGACCCAGACCCUUUAUACUGAUGUCUCUUUAUCUUGAAAUUUAAUAUCAAGUAUUACUUCUUUUAAUUACACCAGAUUCAAAAGUUUAAAAUAAGGGACCACUUAACUGUGUUUUGUAAUACUACUUUUUUGUGUUGUAGCAAGGACGUGAACCAGAGUAGACUGUGUUUUUUCACUAAAGAGAAGCUACAAUGUGUAAGAAAGGUUCUUUAAAAUGCAUGAAGUUUGGUUUGGUUUUGUUUAUAAACAUGACAUAAAAGUUACAAAUCAUCUGUGGAGAAAAAUAUUUUGUAGUGCAAAAGCCAGGAAAUGUAUGCAUCCAGUUCCUAAAGGAACAGAGUCAACUUUUAUGUGGUAAAUACAUAUCCUAUAUAAUGGUGGUUACAAAACCGUCAACUCUUCUUUUUUUUUUUAUAUUGACAAGUAUUUUAUCUACAGUCAGCUGAAGGAAUGAAAUGUUAGGGGAGUUUCCAGAUCAGAAGUUUAAUUUUUCUUAAAUGAAGAUGAAAUAGUGAGGUUUACGUUGAUGAUAUCCAGUUAAUGCAUGCCGCCUAGCUGUUGGUAUUGGAAAUACUUUAAAGAUAGUGCAUUUUGUUACUUACUUGUUUGUAUCUUUUAAAUCAAUGUUAUACUAUACAUUCAUGAGAUGAAUUAUUUUGUCCUGAGCUAUUUUUAUUGAUGAACGCUAUAAACUGUGCAUUAAAAAACUGCACAGAACUUGUCAAGUGCUAGUAAAUUUUUAUUAUGGCAUCUAUACUUAUGCAAAGAGAGUCUCUUUUGUUAAACCUUACUAUAUACUAUAUAUAUUUUAUAUAUAGUAUAUAAGCCUCAUUAUAUUACUUUUGAAAAUAACUUUUUAAAUAUUCUUCCCUAUCCACCCCCCAAAAAAGAAGGGGGGUGGUCAGGAGAAGAUUGUCCCAAAUUCAGUCAAUUGCAAUUGUGUACUCUAUUUUUCCCACAAUCAUUGUUUUGGAAAUACUGGUGCAUGCAAGAAACUUCCAUAAAAGCCAGGUAUAGGAAGACUACUGAAAGGUAAAAUUUUAUAGAGACUCUAGUCCAUAGUGGGUUUGUGGCUUCUGAAGUAAAGAGACUUAGACUUAAAAUGAGUAUUCAUUCAAUACAGGUGUAUAUUGUUGUGUGUGCCUGUCUUGAUGAUCCAUGUAUAGAUACUGGAGUACUUCCAUGGUAAUGCAAAAGCACGGAAUUAUCUGCUGUUCUGGAUUUGAGAUUUCUUUAAGAACUGUAGAAGCUCCACACAUUGCAAGUUCAUGUGUGUAUGUUUCAUUGAGGGUGUAUACAUUUCCUCUGCUUCGAAAGCAGACCUCACUAGCAUUGCUUGCUUGGUCUUUCUGUAGACUCAUUGAUUUUAUCAAGGCUUAUAAAAACUGUGAAGACCAGCUGUUCCUGCAGUUUACUCCUUCUCCCCUCCUCAUUCCUUGAUCUGAGGUGAUGUCAUUUUCCCCAGCCAUGUAGUUUACCUUUUUCUUAGAAUUUCAUAGAUAUUCUAAGUAUUUCUACUCAGACUAGGACACGCUAGUAUUCUGAGAGUUGAGCAGAAUUUAGAGACCAUUUUUAGUAUGUGCAAUUUUGCUAAUACAUGGAUUUGUGCUAUGGCUGGCCAUAGUUUAAUCUUUUAUUAAAAUCCUAGUUAACUAAUUCUGAUGAGUGAUUUAUUUUAGGUGGUAGUUCCAGAAAGAAAACUCACACAAUGAUGGAGGCUUACUUCUUGUUUUCCAGUUGUGUGCAAAGUACUGCCCUGCAUAGAACGGACAUUUUGGAUUUUUUUUCUCUUGAGAAUUUUAGUUCAGCACAAUUUUAAAUUCUAAAGACUUUGAAUCUGUAUCUUUGAAGAGAAUCACCUUGAACAGGUUGUAUUUGGUUUGGAGGGAAGUAUUUUCCGUUCCUUUUGUUGAAGAUACGUUCCUUUAUAUCCAAGAGUUCAAAAUAAAUUAAACUAGACAAAGAACAUAAAAUGUGGAGCCUUAGGACAACCUAGGGCUUAGGCCAUUCAGUUGGAAGAGGGUGCUUGGGAGGUUCUAGACUGAACAGUUUCUAUCCUGUAUUUAAUGACCAUCUACUCUGAAGUACACACAUUUUCUGUGCAACAAACCACAUGGUUGUAUCAGGCCCCAUGGAAUCUUGUUUAGCCUUUUUUUGCAAACAGGUAACAAUUUUAUUUUAAUGAAGGCAGACAAAGAAUGUUUGUGCUCUGCUUGGAUUGUCUUAUAGAUUUGCAGGACUGCUAUAAGGAAGGACACAUUGGAUAUGGAGAGUCCUCAGAGGAACCUUCUCCCCCAGGCAGGGCACGUCUAUCCCAUGCUCAAAUGCAGUAACCAUGGCUGUUCUUUUCACAGGAGACCCAGUGGCCACACAUGAAUCCUCUGUUUUCUUACCGUGUUCAGUUAACGGUUAUAUGGAGGGAAUAGUCCUCUUUUCCAGAUUGCUUCUAAUUCUGCUCAAAGCCACUAGAUGGCAAGCAUGGAUCCUUCAGUUUUAGCAAGUCAUGGGAAAACGGGAAUGCUGACUGAAAGUUUCAAAAGUCCUGAUGAACAAGACUGACUUUGCUGCAGUGAAAAUCCCUCUUCAAAAUGUAAAGUUAGCUGUAAUGUAACACCACAGAAUUUCUCUGAAAUUCUUACAGAAAGAGAGAUUCUGGGAUAUAAAAUCUUUUGCCAAAUAAAAAGAAGCUGUUGCAGAAUUUGAUCCAAAGAUGAAAACCAGUGAGUUUUCCAUGCUAUGGCGGACGUUAUUUUGCACUGUAGUUUAACUGUCUCAUCCACUGGGUGGUGGGUUUAGAAGAAUAUCUGGGAUCUAGGUCACUAUAAGCGUAGAUGAUGAAAUUUUGAGCCUGGUGAAGGCCAAGACUUUCAGCCUAGCACAUUAAAGUGCAUGGAAUGUGGGAUUUUAUAACAUUUAAGUAAUCCUGAAAUAGCGACGUAAAAUUUUUUUUCUUUGCUUGCAAAAAGCAAACGUAGACCCUUUGCCAAGCUGAGCACUGCUUAUUUUAUGAGACGUUACUGUGACUAACGUUUUUCCAAGCAGCUAAAAGUGUUCAUUUCUGAUCCAGAUCCUAUGACAUGAUUUUCAAAAUUGGGGGAGAGGAGGUUGAAGAGGGAUGGCUUUUAUUACCCCAUUUAUCCACUGGAAAUUAUACAAAGGCAGUGGUUUUUCUAAAAUUAAUCUUAAAGGUUAAAUAACUGUCUAAAACUUUAGACCUGUGGAAAUACAAAAUUCAUUUCAAAUGAUCCUACUCUCAUGGCUCACUGUCAGUGCAGUGUUGCACUUCAUAAUUUUCAGUUUAGCAAGGGAUGAGAACCCAGGGUAGGAGAGCCAAGGCCAGACACUGAGAACAAUAUGACGAUUUUAAAGCAAGUUUCUAGAAACCAACAGAAGAUCUGUGUUUGUUUAAUUUCUUUAUAUGUUAUAUAUGUGUUUGUAAGAAUUGAAGAGAAUGUAGUUGAUGUGGUCUGCUGAAAAGUAAGUGUCAGGUAAUUUGAUAAAGAAUGAAGAUGUAGAUGCAUGCAUUUUAAAUCAGGCGUGUGGGGUUGUAUGUCAAAACUGCUGGGUCUGAGACAAAAUAGCUUUGUCUCCAAAUUUUAAUGAUGGUACAUUGAAUUCUCUAAGGAUCAUCUCUGAGUUUAAAGGAAAGAUAAUUAAGGUCAUUAAAGAAGUGAAUUAAAGAAGCGUUUCUUUGCUCAACUUCACGCCAGAUGAAGUUAUAUUUCAUGCAUAAUGAGCCUUUA